UGCUGCUGCUGCUGCUGAUGGUGACUACGGUCGGUGGUCCGCCUGGUGGUUGGUGGAUCUCGGUACAAACAAUAACCGCGAUCGACGCGUCGAACCCCGUCGUGUGCGUAGGCCUCGUCGUGGCACGAAUUUAUGUGAAGUUGAAAAAUCACAUCUACUGGAAUUGGAAGCGCUUUUCGGUAAAGCACUACUGGAACGUGCCCUUGGAUUAGUCUACGGCAAACAACCGAUCGUGCUCUAUCAAACAAAAAUCGAAACGAUCACGUUGGUGGAAGUGCCUGGAUCGAAAGCGGCAACCUUUUACAAAAUAUUACAUCCAGGCAAUUUUUGUGCCUGUGAGUCCUUCCGUCGACUCGUCCUGAAGGAGCAGCAUCAACCGCUCUGCAAACAUCUUCUAGCAGCACGCUUAGCCCUUGCGCUGAACCGCAUUCACAAGGAGACACUACGCGAUGAUCCGCUGGCCGAACUAAAGAAACAAUUUGCACGCGAUUGCUUAAAGUUUAUGAGUCCUCCGAUUGCUGGAGGAUCCGAGGAGAAACGAAACAGUUAGGCAAGCAGUUUAAUGCAAAGAACAAAGGUGCUGCUCAGCAAAGGAAUCGUACAUAAUCGCAACAUGGUGACCCAAACGCAGUACAGCCAAAUACAGUUCCAGGCGGUGGUGAACAAUUUGGCCACGUUUCACAACGUUAUAAAAGCCAUUAAUUUUGUCGAGAACGCUAUGAUACAGCUCAGCAAGGAAGGCCUGCAAGUGACCGUUGAAGAUGCCAAAAGUAUUCAAGCGGUAGCACUCAUCAAACGGACCUGUUUCUCGGAGUACAGUCUUAAUGCUGCUACGACGGCGACGGCUCCGGCAGAGGGGGGUACGGCGGAACCGUUCGCAUCAUUCGGGCUGAAUCUGAAGGUCUUCACCGAUUGCUUGAGCAUGUUUACAACGAGUGAGCUGGAUUCGAGUCUUAAGCUUCUGCGCAAAGGACCCCGUGCACCGUUAAUCGCCAUACUGGAGCAGCACGGCGAGGACAGUUUGAUCACGGAGUGCUCGAUUCGCACCAUGGAACCGUUCGAUUGCAUGGACUUGGAGUUUACCGAUGACCAGCAAAUCGUGAGCAAGUUUGCGGCCAAAGGUACGGACUUUUUCCAGUUGCUUGGCGAAAUGGAUAGCAACUGUGCGGAGAUUGAAGUCAGCAUUACGCCAUCGCAGCUGAAGUUUGAAACUUUCGGUGAACUCCACAUGAACGCUAGCGUAGAGUUGUCCAAUGAUAGCGAUAUCCUCAUCAGCUUCAACUGCUCGCAAACGAGCACCUAUCGUUACAAGUUUCAGCAUUUUAAGCUGAUUAUGCGUACACUAGCGCUUGCAUCGCAAGUGGUCAUUAGUACCAAUGGCGAGGGUUUGCUCGGGCUGCAGGUAAUCAUUGAAAACAACGAUAAUUCCAUGUUCUACGUGCAGUACUUUAUCCUCCCGCUGGUGCACGAUAACGAUUCAGUGAUGAAUUAAAGGCAAUCAAUCCUUGAAAUCAACAUAAAGAACAUACAAGACCAAGAAUGUAAAGCCGAAAUAUUUGAAACCGAUAUAUUUGAAAUAAAAUGGAAAUUUUGU